AUGAUGCCCGCCAUAGCGUUGGCCUACGAGAAGGCCGAGUCGGACAUUAUGAAACUGCACCCCCGGAACCCCCGCACCGAUGUGUUGGUCACCCGUUCACUGCUGUUGAGGUCGUAUUUUCAAGUCGGUGUAAUUAUGUCGAGCGCCGGCUUUCUGGGUUAUUUUGUGGCGUUUAUGCACCAUGGUUGGAAACCGUGGGACUUGUGGCAGUUGAGAGUCAAAUGGGACGACCCCGCCAACGAUGCCAUUUACGAUUCGUAUGGUACACCAUGGACUUACGAUGAGCGUCUUAAGGUGCAGACUGUGGCCCAGUCCUCGUACUUCAUAUGUAUAGUUGUGUGUCAAUGGAUGGAUGUGUUGGUGUCGAAGACACGUCGGGUGUCUAUAUUUAAACAAAAAUUUGGCAAUUGGGUAUUAAAUUUCAGCAUAUUGUUUGAGACAGCGUUAGCCGUAUUAUUUGUUUACACACCUGGUUUUAACACUGUGUUACAGUUGGCUCCCGUUAUAGGGUGGGUUUGGUUAUGUGGUGUACCAUUUUUCUUUUAUAUACUGGCUUACGAAGAGCUACGCAAAUACAUUAUCCGUCGCUUUCCCGACUCAUUUCUGGCCAUUGAACUGCUCAUAUAAUUUACAUUAUAAUUAUUUUUCGUGUUUUAAUUAAACACAAAUUAAGUUCAUG